AUGGACGAAGGAUUGCAAGUGAAAUUCGAGAAGAUCUUUGAAGAAAUGUCCGGUUGUCCAGAUGACAUUGAUUCGAUUGAUGGAUUCACUGUAGAAAGAAUUGACUCCACGGCAAGCUCUUUUCCAGAGAGUUUGUUGGCUCCGGAAGUGAAGACAAUGACUUGCAUUUCGUGGAAAUGCAAUGAUGAAGAUGAUGUUUACUUCUAUUUUAUGAAAAACGCAAAGCAAACUAAUGUUUCCAGUAUCAUGACAACUACCACAGAAAGAUCUGAUUCUGGUUCUCACGUAUUUCUCAUUGUAUUGCUGGUAAUUUUCGGAUUGUGCAUCAUUUUCUACAUCGCUUCAUUGGCGUUUUGGGGUUACAAGAAGUGGAGAAAUAAUUCCAAGUUCGAUAGAUUUUUGAGAGCGACACCUCCGGAACGGACUACGCCUCAGACAGAGAUGGAAGAGGAACCUUGA